GGGAGAACUCAUCCCGCAAGGACUGGGUGGGGCUGCUAAAGCAAGAGGACACAGAUGUUCAGGCAUGCAUGGGCAGAAAUUCUGCAACAAGAGUGAAUGCCAGUCGGGUGAUGCAGAAGAAUGUUGACAACUCCAGGGCGCGUCCUUUGCCGUUGAGAUUGGUGCGAACCAGGCACAUCCUGGCCAUACGAAUGCUGGAGUGGGGUUUGUGUGUGGCAUCCAAGGUGUGCUUCAUGCAAUGGAGCAAUGCCAUGUGGUACUUUUGCAGAGUACUGGGAAGGUGGUGCAAUACAGAAGGGUUAGUAGUGGCAAGUUCACGGUCAUGA